CCUAAUCUUAGCAGCUAGCACAUUGGGAGCUCUGUUUUGAGUUGAGACGAUACCUUAUUUAUACAAUGAAGUGAACUUCGUUUUGCAUCGUCUUCCCCGAUUUAAAACCCUAGUAUAACCGAUCAGUAUUUCUCUCUCUCAAAUGGCGUCGCCAGAUAAGCAAUGCCUCUACGAGGUUCUCGGCGUGAGCCGAGAGUGCAGCUCCGACGAAAUCCGGUCCGCUUACAAGAAACUAGCUUUGCAGCGCCACCCGGACAAGCUGGUCCAAUCCGGCGUCCCGGAAUCCGAAGCCACCGCCGCAUUCCAGGAGCUCGUAAAUGCUUACGAAGUCCUCUCCGACCAGCGCGAGCGCUCCUGGUACGACUCCAACCGCUCCAACAUCCUAUUCUGUACUUCCACUAAUUCCUCUUCAAACUUUGCCUCUGUCCCCAAUCUCUUCUCCUUCUUCUCCAAUUCCGUCUACUCCGGCUUUUCAGACACCGGCAAGGGAUUCUACAAAGUUUACGCUGACGUAUUUGAUAAAGUUUAUCACAAUGAAGUCAAUUUUGCGAAGAAAUUAGGUCUAAACCCUCCCAACGAAGCUCCGAUCAUAGGAAAUUCCAAUAGUCCUUAUGCUCAGGUGACUGCUUUCUAUAAUUACUGGUUGGGAUUUACGACGGUGAUGGAUUUCUGCUGGGUCGAUCAGUACGACGCGAUGGCCGGAAUAAACAGAAAGUCGAGAAGAGUGAUGGAGGAUGAGAAUAAAAAGCUGAGGAAAAAGGCACGAAGGGAGUACAACGAAACUGUUAGAGGAUUAGCAGAGUUCGUGAAGAAGAGAGACAAGAGGGUAAUCGAUAUGCAGGUGAAGAGGAGCGAGGAGAUAGAGAGGAAAAGAGAGAAAGAUCAAGCUAGGAAGAAGGAGUUAGAGAGGCUUAAGCAAGAGAGGGCAAAGAAGUACAAGGAAGCUGAGUGGACUCAGGUUGAAGAUGAAGCUGAAGAAACAUGGGAAGAAGAAGAAGAAGAGGAUGAUAGGAAAGAGCUAUACUGCAUAGCCUGUGGGAAGAAAUUCAAGAGUGAGAAGCAAUGGGAAAAUCAUGAGCAGUCUAAGAAGCAUAAGGAGAAAGUUGCAGCAUUAAGAGAAGCUUUCAGUGGUGUGGACAAAGAAUUUGAGGAAAUAGUUGUCAAUGGAAGGAAGGAGGAGGGGGAAGAGCAAAAGAUACCUGAGGCUGAUGAAAGUGAUUAUUUUUCAGCAACAGAUGAUGCUAGUAAUUAUAUUUUCUUCAUUAUAUUUCAUAUUAUCUUAUUUAUAAUUAAGAAAUUGUAUUUAGAAUUUAAA